AUGGAGAAAAAGUUAGAAGUUGACGACAACAAGAAUUACGCGAUAAAAACAUGUCGUUACGUAUUAAAACCGAUCGGACUUUGGCCAAUGAUUUAUGGGAGUGCAUCACGUACAGAAAUAAUUGUAUCAACAAUAUUAGCAAUCACCAAUCUUUCCGUUGUUUGUUUCGUUUUAAUACCAUUUGGUAUUUACAUACUUUAUUACGAGCACAACAUUAACAUCAAAUUAAAAUUAUUCGGACCGAUUGGUUUUUGUUUAACGUCAACGAUUAAAUAUUGUUACCUUGGAUAUAAAAGAAAAUCGAUUGGUCGUUGCAUCGCUCACGUUGAAAAUGAUUGGGAAAACAUGUUAGAUCAUAAUAAUUUAACUAUCAUGAAAAAGUAUGCCACCGUUGGUAGAAAUCUUACCGUACUAUGCGCAAUUUUUCUUCACAGCGGUGGAAUGUCAUAUCACACGAUCAUGACACUUUCUAUGACCAAAAAAAUCAACGAAACUUUAACGAUCAGGCCAUUAACUUAUCCAGGAUACGACGUUUAUUUUGACGUACAAGCUAGUCCUACUUAUGAGAUUAUAUUUUUCCUACAUUGCAUUUGUGGCAUAGUGAUGCAUAGUAUUACAACUGCUGGAUGCUGUCUUGCUGCUACUUUUGUCACACAUGCUUGCGGUCAAAUACAAAUUGUCAUGAUUAAAUUGAGUGAUCUUGUUGAAGGUAAAGAAAGUGAUGUCGGAUUGAAUGAUCGUAUGGCUUUACUUGUCAGAGAUCAUGUCAGAACUUUAAGAUUUUCUGCGGAAGUUGAAAAGGUACUGCGUGAAGUAUGCUUGUUAGAAGUAGUAGCAUCCACAUUGAUCAUUUGCUUGCUGGAAUAUUAUUGUAUAACGGAAUGGGAGAACAACGAUCGAAUUGCAACUAUAACAUACCUCGUCCUGUUAAUUGCAUUCACUUUUAACAUAUUUAUAUUUUGUUAUAUAGGAGAAUUAUUGGUCGAUCAGUGCAAAAAAGUUGGUGCAGCAUCGUACAACAUAGAAUGGUAUCGUCUACCAAAGAACGUUGGCCUAAGUCUGAUCUUAUUAAUAGCAAUCUCGAAUUGUCCAUCAAAGAUAACAGCUGGAAAAUUUUUUGAAUUAUCAUUAUUCACAUUUGGCAAGGUAUUAAAAACUUCCGUCGUUUAUCUCAACUUGAUUCGAACGAUCACGGAUUAA